AUGAGACAAGCACAGACUUUCAAGCUGCUUGCAGCUCUUCUGUCCGCGUCGCAAGUAGCGGGCCACGGACACGUUACAAACAUUGUCAUCAACGGCGUUUCGUAUCGUGGAUGGAACAUCGACUCCGACCCCUACAACUCCAACCCACCAAUUGUGGUUGCGUGGCAGACCCCCAACACUUCGAAUGGCUUCGUUGCCCCCAAUGACGUUGGCACCGACGAUAUCAUCUGCCACCUGGAUGCCAAAAACGCACGGGGGCAUGCCGUGAUUGCUGCCGGUGACAAAAUCUCCUUCCAGUGGACGAGCUGGCCUGAAUCUCACUGGGGGCCGGUCAUCACAUAUCUCGCGAACUGUGGCGAGAGCUGCGAGACCGUGGAUAAGACGACCCUCGAGUUCUUCAAAAUCGAUGCGGUUGGUCUGGUCGAUGGCUCGAACCCACCUGGCUUCUGGGGUGAUGACCAGUUGAUUGAGAACAAUAACUCAUGGAUGGUGGAGAUCCCCAAGAGCAUUGCACCUGGUUACUAUGUCAUCCGCCACGAGCUGAUUGCGCUGCACGCAGCCGGAUCACCGAACGGCGCUCAGCUGUACCCGCAGUGCUUCAACCUCCAGAUCACCGGAUCUGGAACCGCCAAACCAUCCGGUGUCAAGGGCACCAAGCUCUACACCCCCACCGACCCUGGUAUUCUCGUCAACAUCUACAGCUCGCUGGACUACAUUAUCCCCGGACCCACCCUGAUCCCUGAUGCGGUCUCGCUCGUCCAGUCCACCUCCGCCAUUACAGCGUCGGGAACACCCAUCACCGGCUCUGGAAGCGUUCCACCUGCUACCGAUGGACCCUCUACCACCAAGGCCACUCCGACCUCCUCGACCACCCUGUCCACGACCACCAAGGCUACAAUCACCCAGGCGCCAACUUCCUCGACCACGAGCGCCGGCUCGACCGCGACCCAGACAGCCUAUGGCCAAUGCGGUGGUAGUGGCUGGACAGGUCCCACUGCUUGCGGAUCCGGAGCUACUUGCACUUCUUACAGCGAAUGGUACUCUCAGUGCAUUCCUAAGAGCGGUUAG